CGGGCGAGGGAGAGGCACAGAGAGAUUACCACGGCGAUGGGGGGACCGUCUAAUGCGUUUCCGAUGAACGGCGGAGAAGGGCCUCACAGCUACUCCAGAAACUCCUCAGGCCAGAGAAAAUUUAUAGACAGGGCCCGCAAACUCAUCCAGGAGGCAGUAGCCGAGCAUCUCAACAUCGAAGCAUUCUCUUCCUCCGGAGCUUUUCUCGUCGCUGAUCUCGGUUGCUCGGCCGGGCCCAACACGUUGUAUGCUGUGAGCAACGUUCUUCAAGCAGUAGAGCAGAAGUGCCAAUCCCUAGGACUCGACUCUCAAAUCCUGGAAUUCCAAGUAUUCUUCAACGAUCAUGUGGGGAACAAUUUCAACACCCUCUUCAGAUCACUCCCACAAGACCGGCGAUAUCAUGCGGCCAGCGUGCAGGGUUCAUUCUUCGCCGCUUAUUCCCCAAAAACUGUCUCCACUUUGUUUACUCUUCCUUCGCUCUUCAUUGGCUUUCAGGAGCUCCAAAAGAAGUUCAGGACGAGCUCUCCAGCCUGGAACAAAGGGAGGAUAUUUUACCCCAAUGCGAACAAAGAUAUCAUCAAAGCAUAUGCAGCUCAAUUUGCUAAAGACAUGGAGGUUUUUCUCCGUGCUAGAGCGUAA